AUGGUCGAGUUCAAGCCAUUCUACAGCCAGAAGCACCACAUGUAUGGUCUGAAGGUUGAAGUGUCCGUGCUCCCAAUUGGUCUUGCAAUCAACUGCUCAAGGCAUCAUGGUGGCAACACGGCCGACAUCACAAUUUUCAAGGAGAACAUGGACUUUCACAUUGUGGCAUCGAAGAAACAGCCCAACGAGGCAUCCCUUCCAGACAACGGACCCCUGCACACAGAAUACAAGGACCAGUGGGCAAUUUUGACGGACAAAGGAUAUCAAGGGAUUCCAGAAUUUUCCCGUGGAAUAAACCCAACGAAAAAGCAACCUAACAAGCUCUUGACAAGGGAAGAAGAGGCCACAAACGCUGCCACUUCAGCGGACAGGGUCAUUGUGGAGAACUUCUUUGGUAGGCUGUAUGUUUUGUGGGGUAUUUGUGCCAACAAGUACCGAUGGUGUCGUACAUGUCCGAAGACAAAUCUACACGUCAAGCGAAACACAAUGCGCUCCAAUGACCGUGAGCACUACCGAUGCCAGAAUCGUCUCAACCACAUUGUCGUCAGCACAAGAAGCAAGAGAAAAGGAGUCAAGCGCAAUCACGCAGUAGACGCAGAGUGCGUCUUGAAACAAGCUAUCAUCGUAGACUCGAGGAUGCGUCAGGUUCGGAAGUAG